CAUUAAUUUCAUUAACCUCGCAUUUUCCACCUUUACAUAGUCAAAGAAAGACUGGUCCAUGAUGUUUCAAGCAAACUUGCAUUAUCUCUGCAUGAACAUUACACUUGAUUUGCCAUCUGAAGUUGAUUUCUCCAGCAAAAAAAGAUGGCACUUAGCUUUUGCAACAAUCUAUUGUUCCAGAGCUUUUAAAAUUAAGACCAGCACUAAAGCACUACAUGGAGCUGCCUACAAUCCAAGAAAAGUACUUCGUGUAUCGACUGAUACAAUCGCGAUUGAUGUAGUUCAAGACCACCCUUUUUUCUCAGGCAUUGAUCAGUCAAGUCUAGCUAAGCUUGUCAAGGAUAAAAGCAUCGAUGAACUUGCUAACCUUGGAGGUGUACAAGGUGUUGCUGCUUCUCUCAAAAGUGAUACAACUGAUGGUGUAAGCGGAGAUCAAGAAGAUGUAGCACGUAGACAUGAGGCUUUUGGAAGCAACACGUAUCGUAAGCCACCUAGUAAAAGUUUCUUCAUCUUUGUUUGGGAAUCAUUCAAAGAUCCUACUAUCAUUAUACUUUUGCUCUGUGCUGCUCUGUCUCUUGGGUUUGGAAUUAAGGAGCAUGGACUGAAAGAAGGAUGGUAUGAUGGAGGGAGUAUUUAUGUCGCGGUGUUUCUUGUCAUUGCUGUUUCGUCUAUUAGUAAUUUUAGACAAAACAGACAGUUUGAUAAGCUAUCCAAAGUGAGCAAAAAUAUUCCAGUAGAAGCUGUUAGAAAGGGAAGGCGCCAACAGAUAUCGAUAUUUGAAAUUGUUGUUGGAGAUGUCAUUUGCUUGAAGAUUGGAGAUCAAGUCCCUGCUGAUGGGAUUUUGGUAGAAGGCCAUUCUUUACAAGUGGAUGAAUCUAGCAUGACAGGUGAAAGUGAUCAUGUCGCGAUUAAUAUCAGCCAAAAUCCAUUCUUGAUUUCUGGCACGAAGGUUGUCGAUGGCUAUGGCAUGAUGCUUGUGACAUCGGUUGGAAUGAACACGACCUGGGGUGAAAUGAUGAGCCAAAUCAGCAGUGAUUCAAAUGAGCAAACCCCUCUCCAAGAACGACUCAACAAGCUUACUACAUCGAUUGGUAAAGUUGGGUUGCUAGUUGCUUUCUUAGUUCUCGUUGUCCUAUUGGUUAGAUACUUUACUGGGACCACAAAAGAUGAGAAUGGGAACAAAGAAUUCAACGGGAGCAAGACAUCAUCUGAUGAUGUGAUCAAUGCUGUGGUGGGAAUUGUUGCUGCUGCUGUUACCAUUGUUGUUGUCGCGAUUCCUGAAGGCUUGCCUUUAGCUGUUACACUUACUCUGGCUUAUUCCAUGAAGAGAAUGAUGGCUGAUCAGGCAAAGGUUAGGAAGCUCUCCGCAUGCGAGACUAUGGGAUCUACCACCACCAUCUGUACAGACAAAACAGGUACUCUUACAUUAAAUAAGAUGACCGUGACAAAGUUUUUCUUAGGCAAACAGCACGUGAAGGCAGAAAGUCAUACAUCAAUUUCAGCAAAAGUUCUUGAACUAUUCCAUCAAGGGGUUGGAUUAAACACUACAGGCAGUGUUUUCAAGUCCACUGAUUCAUGUUCCAGCUUUGAGUUCUCAGGCAGCCCUACUGAAAAAGCUAUUCUUUCGUGGGCUGCUACGGAACUAAACAUGGAUAUGGAUCAAAUCAAAAGAAAUUUCAACAUUCUGCAGGUGGAAGCUUUCAAUUCGGAGAAAAAGAAGAGCGGUGUCCUGAUCAAGAACAUUACUGAUGGCACAAUUCAUGCACAUUGGAAAGGUGCUGCUGAAAUGAUUUCAAGAAUGUGCUCCCACUACUAUGAUCUAGAAGGGAACGUAAAACCUCUCGACCAAUCAGACAAGGAAGAAUGUGAUAGGAUAAUUGAAGGAAUGGCUGCCAGUAGCCUUCGAUGUAUCGCAUUUGCUCACAAGCAGGUGAUAAAAGCUGAGCAGGAGGAUCAUGAGCAUAUUCAUGGAAAUUUCCAUCCGUACUUCAUCUGUUAG